CGGAUCCAGCAGGAUCAAGCCUGUUUACCAUGCUCCGAGCAGCGGCCUGGGCCCAGCGGUCCCUGUCCCACUCAAGCAGUGGGUUCUCUGCGAGAAUGCAGAGCAGUGGAGCAGCCCAGAGCGGAGUCCUGGCUAAGCGGGUGGCUGUGCUCACAGGGUCCACUGACGGGAUUGGCUUUGCCAUUGCCCGACGGCUGGCCAAGGAUGGAGCCCACGUGGUCAUCAGCAGCCGGAAACAGCAGAAUGUGGACAGGGCGGUGGCCAUGCUGCAGGAGGAAGGGCUGAGUGUGGCUGGCACUGUGUGCCAUGUGGGGAAGGCUGAGGAUCGGCAACGGCUAGUGGCCAAGGCUCUGGAGCACUCUGGAGGUGUGGAUUUCCUGGUGUGCAACGCUGGAGUCAACCCUCUGGUGGGGAGCACUCUGGGGGCCAGUGAACAGGUGUGGGACAAGAUCCUAAAUGUGAAUGUGAAGGCCCCAGCUCUGCUGCUGAGCCAGCUGCUGCCCCACAUGGAGAAGAGAGGGGAUGCUGCCGUCAUCUUGGUCUCGUCCAUCUCAGCUUAUUUUCCACUUGUGGAGCUGGGUGCCUACAAUGUCAGCAAAACAGCCCUGCUGGGUCUCACUAGGACACUGGCGUUGGAGUUGGCUCCCAAGAACAUCCGGGUGAAUUGUCUGGUUCCAGGAGUUAUUAAGACUGACUUCAGCAAAGUGGUGAGGACCGGGUGUCCCCAACCUGACAUGCAAAUAUUCUUCCUAUCCAGGAUUGGGCAGCCUGAGGACUGCGCGGGACUUGUGUCCUUCCUCUGCUCGGCAGACGCCAGCUACAUCACCGGGGAGAACAUCGUGGUGGCUGGCUGUUCCUCUCGGCUCUGAGGGGUUUGGAGGGCUGGUCACCUGAGGGGAGCGGCACCUAAGGAGAGCGUCUGCAGCUGGGUUAGGCUAGCAGUUCCGGCCUCACUUAUGCUAGGCUCGAGGAAAAAGAAAACCCAUCAGCGUUCUCAUCUCAGGAUUCUCCACAGGACCACUCUAGAUUUGAUUGA